AUGGCCGUAAACCGGCUUUUCCUCGCGUGCAUGCUCCUCCUCGCAGCCACUUCUGCCUCCGCGCAGCGUGGUCCGCCUGGCGGAAGCCGUCCCGGCGGCCAGGGCCCAGGGGGUGCGCGCGGAGGCCCCAGAGGGUCCAGUGGGCCUGGCGGCGCAUCUGGCGGACCUGGCGGGCCUCCGGGGCCGCCUGGCGGGGAGCCGCGCGGUCCUCCGCUUAACCUGACGGCCGUCGGGAAUCUGACGGCCGACGUUGGCGCGCGAUUGGCCAACUGCUCCGCGGAUCAGCAAAUCUUCGACGGCCGCUUCCACCUCGCCAUUUUCAACUCCAAGCGAAUACGGUCGUUGUUCCCCUCGCCUCCCUCCCCGUCAUUCGCUCAUCUCCUUCCUCCUCCCACUCUUUUCCCUUCCGUCGCUCGCAGAAACUCCACCGGCAACUACAAUCUGAUCGUCGACGCUCUCCUAGUCGGCGCCGCCGGCGGCCCUCCCGAUUCGCUCGCGAUCGUGAAGGGCGCCGUCUGCGACUCCUCCGCUUCCGCCGCCCUGGCGCUUCCCGUCUCCGCGUCCGACUGGCAGCAGCGCGCGGGAUGGUGGCUGCUGCACGCGGAAGCGCGCCUCGAGGCGUUUCUCGAAAACGCGGACGCCGCCACUGUCGAGGCGCUCCUCGCCGUCGUCCCGAACGCGACGCUUCCGCAAGGCGGCGGGCGCGGCGGCAGCGGAAGCGGCGCAGGGGCCGCGGGGAAAGGGCAGGGCAGCAGGCGCAUGGGGCUGGGGGUGGGGAGGCUGCUCCUCCGCGCGCUGACCUCCGCCAAGAAGGGGGGACAGCAGCAGGGAGGGCAGCCGCAGGGGGGCCAGCAGCAGCCGCCGCCUGCAGGUGGACUUUCAGGUGGUUUCCCUGGUGCUGGGCCGAGCGGUGGGGUGAACAGCACAGUGACCGGAUACGCCGUGCUGGCUGGAAGUUCCGGGUCGGGAGUGACCUGGGGUGGGCAGCUGAUGGGGGUGAAAAUGCCCGCCGCUCCUUCGACUGCUUGA